AUGCUGUGCGCCCCUUUUUCUGAGGAGGAAAUCCACCAAUUAGGUUCCCUUAAGGCUUCUGGGCCAGAUGGAUUUCCAAGUAUCUUCUAUCAUAAAUUCUGGUCAACUUUAAAAGAAAUCAUUGAGGGGGCUGCUGCUGAGUUUUAUGAAGGUUAUGAUCAUAUGAGGGAGAUCAACCGUACCCACAUUGCUCUUAUUCCCAAGGUGCAGUCAUGGGAGUGCACGGGGUAA